AUGAAGUACUCCAUGAAGUGCUCUCUUGCGCUACCCGUACUCACAUAUCUGUCUCUGACAGCAUCAGCUUUGCCUACGAGACCACCAAAAGCACCUGUCUGCAUCAUCGGCGGAGGACCGGCAGGAUUGACAGCGGCUGCGAGGCUAGAUGCAAAGGGCAUUGAGUCCGUGGUGUUCGAAAAACAAGCUGCUGUCGGCGGCAAGUGCCAAUCAUACUACGACGAUGAAGGAAUAUUCCACCCGCUUGGCGCAGCCUUCUUUUCGAACGCGAGCUAUCCCGAGACCCUGAAAGUCAUCAACGAGUCCGGCGUGUCCAUCGAAGAAUUCGCGCUUGCAGGUGCACGAGAACAAUUCCGCUUCAACAUCACAACCGGCGCGACAGAUCCUUAUCCGGCGUUGUCCACACAAGCUUUGCAACUCGUAGCCGCUGAGGUACCGCGAUACGUUCAGCUUUGGAAUCGCGACUUUGCACCCAUCAGCGCUACAAACUACAAGAAAGGUGUACCUGACAGUCUAACCGUUUCUGGGGAGGAAUGGUUCAAGACGAACAACUUCACUAUCCUUCCUCAGCUGCUCGUUAACCCUAUCGCCCUCUAUGGAUAUGGAGAUAUCAGAGUUGUGCCGGCAUUGUACAUCAUGCAGUACUUUACGCCCGACAUACUGACCGGAUUCCUCGGUCAGCAUAACGUAUACUACACCGAUUUCCACAAGAUCUGGGUCGAGUGGUUGAAGAAGAAGGGUUGCAAGGCAAAGAUAAAUCUUUCGCAUGAGGUUCGCUGCAUUGAUCGAUCCGGGAAGAACCCUGUCGUCAAGUACACUGCACCCAAGCCUUACAGCAACUUCUAUCGAUGGGGCAAACAAGAAUGCGAUUCGCUGAUCUUCGCGUUUCCGCCUUCGAUCGCAAACCUAGAAAGAGUGGGCCUGGACCUGACUGAAGAAGAACAGGAUGUGUUCUCUGAAGUCGUCACUCACAACUACUACUCCUCUGCAGUGGAGUUCGAGCUUCCCUUUGGCGUAUCGUAUAUCGCCAACAGCUCCAACUCCAGUGUCCCUCCGCCAAAUGAUAUGGAGCCGGUAGCCGUGCUGCGUCUGAGCGCUGCUUCCAACGUCUCGACAUCCUGGUCCUGGGGUAAAGAUAACGAGUACGAGUCGGAGUCUGCCGCUCGCGACAUUUUGAAGACAACUCUCUCGAAGAUCAACAAAGAUCCAAGGAACAUGACAGCGAAAGCUGAACCUUUAGACUCUGAUGAGAUCAAGAUGUUCAAGAAAUGGGAUUACUUCCCUCACUUCGGCAGUAAGGCGCUCAGAAAUGGAGCGUACGGGUACCUCAACAGGCUGCAAGGGUGCAACAAGAGCUUCUGGGCCAGUGGGCUCGGUGGCAUGGAGAUUGUCGAAUGGGCUAUUCGAGCAGGCCAAGACGUUGUCGACACGUACUACUAG